UGCUAGACUGUAGCCAGGAAGGAGAACCCGACCAUGGAGGCAGGCGCUUUAUAAAAUAAAUCCAUAUCAACAUCAACUUCAAGCAACAAAACUUGGCGAAAAUGAAGAUGUUUCUCCUGGUGAACACAUCUCAUAGUGAUGAUAACUCGCAAAAUUAACGCCACUGUUAGCUAGCUAGCUAACAAGUACAGUAGCUAACAGUAAAAUUAUGGCACAGCCGGCUCUACUACUUCCGCCAGAGGUGUGGAACCACGUUUUUCAGUAUCUGUCAGCGACAGACAAGUUCGGCGUCCGGGCAUCCUGCAAGUAUUUUAAAAAACUUGUUGACCACGGAUCUCUUUGGAAGGACUGGUCAGUUGUUCUGGGUUUUCAAAAUGGCCCUUACAACAGUCAGUUCUGGACCACUCUUCGCCGCAGGAAAGUUACCAGUGUGGUUAUGAGGAGCGCCAAAGCUAAGGAUUGGAGACAGCUUGCCUUGUCCCUUCCUACUCUUACCACACUGGUACUGGACCCAAGCUCUAAAGCGAGCCUCGACUGCUUAAAGGACUUUCCACAUCUGAAGCGUCUUGCUAUCAGAAACAGUUGCACUUCUCUUUUGCUAGAUGCGUCCACAGUGUGUCACCCCCAGCAGGUGACUCACCUUAACCUGUGUGAUGUUAAGUUACCCACCACAGCACUGAGUCCCUUCAUUUCUGCUGUCUCCCAGUUUGUAAAUCUUACAUCUCUGGUUUGUCAUAAGAUUGUAAUAUUUGAAGAAGCAAUUUUGAUGCUUCGCUCCAUACUUGCCUGCCUGCCUAAGCUGAAACAUCUCUCACUGUCGGUCGUGCACACUCUCUACGCCAGUGCGAGACGCAGGCCAGGUUGCUUAGGAGUACACGGACAAGCUGGAGCUCCGUCCCUGUCCAGUUUGGAACUUAUCGGUUGCAUGGAGCAUUCAUUACCUGAAGAUGCAAUGAAGCUUAUGCCUGGCCUGAAGAGUCUUGCUGUUUUCUACAGGCAGGCCCACCAAGAUAUGUCAGAGAGAUGGCCAUCACCUGCGUGUCACCUGAAAACAUGGCUGAGUGACCUCCCUCAACUGUCAACCCUGGUCAUUGUCAAGGGACCACCUGUGAAGAAGUAUGUCACCUCCAUUCCAGCCACAGUGACCAGUCUCACAUUGUGUGUUGCAGGGUUAUCCUUACAGGACAUGGCAGCCAUAACGAUGCAAGUACCAAAUCUCCUGCACCUGCAUAUAGACCCCUGGCCUUCACAUUUGGGAUUUCAUGCAGCUCAAAUCCCACAACUUUUUCCAAAGCUCAGAAGUCUCAAACUUCGCCAUGAACAUAUACCAGAGAAGGAUUUCUUAGCUCUUCACCAGCUGCAGGACCUGCAGUACUUGGAGAUCCUGGAUAGCCGCCCGCACCUCUCUGAGCUCACCAGAAAGCUCCAGGCUCUUACAAAGCAUAGACUUCAGGUGAAAAUCUCUCCACACCAGAGAGAUGUUCUCUCUUGUUGUUGUCCUUAUGAGGUGUAUUGAAUGAACCAGAUGUUCCCAACCUGCGGCUCAACCUCUGACAAGGGAUGACAAAAUAAAUGUAGGAGGUUAUGAGAUAAAUCUUUGGAUUACUUGAUUGAAUAAGCAUCUGUUUGCUUUAAGUGAUCAUCAGCCAAAAGAUCAGUGUCUAACAUUAACGCUGUCCGAAACUCUAUAUCAGAUUUUAUGUACAGAGUUUAAUACAGCGUUUGAUAUACACACUUUGUUGGACUUUUUGCAGUUUGGAUAUUAUCUUUUUUUUUUAUUUUGUACCAUUUUGCAAAACUGUCUGCUAGCACAGGGCUAGCAAUAAUUUGUAUUAUUUAACAUAA